AUGUCCAAGCAGCGAGGCACAGCCGCAUAUCGCGGCUUCACAGUCAGUCAUCAGCGUGUUGUCCUCGACCUUGGCUUCAACGGCACAGUGACUGGCUUCACAGAACUCACCAUCGUCCCAACCCAUCGCAGUCUUCGCACCAUCCAUCUCAACUGCCGACAAGCUUUUGUGCAAUCAACUUCAGUAUCAGGGCAACCUGCUGAAUUCUCAUACGCAGACCACCUCACCGGCGCAACGGUCUCAGGUAUACGCGAUGUCCAUCGCUAUCCCGAACUCAAACGGCGGAUCUACGCAGCUGCAUCCGACGGCGUUCAUGGCGAACUUAGCAUCCUCAUUCCACCAGAUGUUCAUGUACAGUCACGACGUGCAGGCAGCAGAGCAGCAAGUAUCGCUCCAGAUGAUGCUCCGACACCAGGAGGUUCUUCCUCGUCCAACGAGCUCGCACCUACCACCGUCAGGGUCGACUACUACCUCAAAGAUCCAACAGAUGGCAUUCAGUUUAUCCGUCCGACUGCAGACGCGCCCUACCGCGUACCUCAUCUCUUCACCAUCGCAUCCUCACCGGAUGCCGCACGCUGCUGGGUUCCAUGCGUGGAUAGCUUGUGGGAGAGGUGUACAUGGGAAUUCGAGCUCAUCGUGCCCAAGUCGCUCAAUACAGCCGACGACGAGGAAGAUGCAGCAGAUGCCAAUGGAAACACGACCGCACUGGAGCUGGCGGCAGCAAACAGUGCCGACACUGCCGAUCCUGACUCACAGGUUGUCGUGGUCUGCACUGGUGACUUGAUGGAACAGGUGACGCAUCCCAACAAUCCUUCCAAAACCGUCUUUUGCUACACUCAGGCUGUCCCUACUUCGGUUCAGCACGUCGCCUUUGCUGCCGGUCCCUUCCACAUCAUGCGCAUCGAAGCCAACAAUCGCCACGCCGGUCAGAUUGCGACAGGCACCAUCACAGAUCUCACCUCGGGCGUGCCUCCUGCGUUGGAUGACUCUGGUCAGCCUGAAAUCCUCGCCUUCUGCUUGCCGGGUCGAGAGGAAGAGUUGCGCAGCUCCAUCAGCUUCACACGACAGGCUCUCGACUUCUUCUCACAGGAGUACGGCUCCUAUCCAUUCAACGCCUUCCGUAUGGUCUUCGUCGAAGAGCCACCGCAAGAUUGUAGCACUCAAUCCAUGAUGGCCAUUUGCUCCAACGAUCUUCUUCAUCCGACAUCCGUCAUCGACCAAGCUAUCGAGAAUCGCCAGGUGCUCAGUCAUGCCAUUGCUUUCCAGUGGGUCGGUGUCAACAUCAUUCAAGCUACGUGGGCCGACACCUGGCUCGUCAACGGUCUCAGCUUGUAUAUGAAUGGUCUUUUCUUACGCAGGCUCAUGGGUAACAAUGAAUACCGAUUCCGACUCAAGAAGGAUCUCGAUCGACUCUGUGCGUGGGACAUUGGCAUGCCACCUCUCUACGAAGCAGGUGCUUUUGAGCCACCUGACCCGGCUACAUUACCAUUUGUCAAUCUCAAGGCUCCCUUGGUGCUUCACAUUCUCGAUCGACGACUGCGAAAGAUGGGUGCCUCAGUCGGUCUCGGCCGUGUUAUUCCAAAAGUCUUUCUCCAGGCCAUGACUGGUGAGAUGACAAACAACAUGCUCAGUACGCAGCAGUUCCUUCGAACUUGUCGUAAGGUCAGUGGAGCCGACCUUCGUCUCUUUACCGAGCACUGGAUCCGUGGUAGUGGCUGCCCGCGUUUCAUCUGCAGCGCCAACUUCAACCGUAAGAAGCUCCUCAUCGAGAUGCACAUUCGUCAAGAGGUUCCAGCUGCCCAGUUUGCUGCAGCCCGACCGGGCGACGCACUUGCCGCGAAUCCCGUACCUCUGUUCGAAGGUCAGAUGACAGUGCGAAUUCACGAGGCAGACGGAACGCCGUAUGAGCACGUGCUCGAGAUCAAAGGCCCUGCCAAACGAUACGAAGUACCGUUUAACACCAAGUACAAACGUGUGCGUCGAAAUACGAAGCGAUUCCAGGCCCGCCAGGCAGCGGCAGCUGCAGCAGCACAAGGUGAUCAAGAAGCGCAAGAAGCCAUUGGACUCAUCGAUUUGGGCUUCGGUCUGGGUAUGUGGGAAGACGAGAAGGCGCGAGAAGAGUGGAAAGUAGCAGAUUGGACUGAAGAGGACGAAGAGAAGAUGUCUUCAGCGCCAUACGAGUGGAUUCGCAUGGACGCCGACUUUGAGUGGCUCGCCAGCAUCCACUUUGAACAGCCGGACUACAUGUGGGUCUCGCAGCUUCAGCGAGAUCGGGAUGUCGUCGCACAGGUCUCUGCUGUCCAUGCGCUCGCACAGAUGCCGUCAUUGGUGACAUGUAGUAUGCUCACGCGUACUGUGCUUGUCAACAAGUACUUUUACCGUGUCCGUACGGAGGCGGUACAUGCGCUGGUCCAUUGCGCUAUUCCGCAGCUCGACAAUCUCGGCCUCUUCCACCUGCUCAAGCUCUUUCGAUCGCAGUUCUGCCAUGAUCCGCCUGACGAUGCAUCCAUCGAGGAUCCGCUGGACGUGCCCUGUAUCCCUCGAGCCAACGACUUCAGCGAUGCUGCCGAUUACUUUUUGCAGCGAGCGUUGAUUCAUGCCAUCAGCCGUGUUCGCGAUCCUGACGGACGAACACCACCGCAGAUCAAACGCUUCCUGAUCAAUCUGUUACGCUACAAUGACAACUCCACCAACCACUUUGUCGACGACUUUUACCUUGCUGGCGCGAUCAAUGCCGUGGCUAGCGCCUUCAUUCCCGUCGACUCGGCCAUGGCCGGCUCGCAAGACCCUGACGCGGCCAACGAGGACAGCUUUUUGCUGACCCAUGCAAUUGCUGAGGUGGAGCGUCUGCAAGAGCUGGACCGCCUCGUCCCUUCGUAUCACAACGUCAUCACCCUUGCCUCGCUCGACUUUCAGGUGGCAAUGAUGCUGGCUAAUCUGAAGCCCCGGGAUCUUCAGCUGUUCUUUGUCUACACGCGUCAAGGCAACUUCACGCCGGUUCGUAUCGCCGCUUUGAACUGUUUGCUCCUCGUGGGCAACCUCGACCACCGUAUUGUGGCACGCUACUGCUUUGCGCUUCUUCGCCUCGACGAGAAUCGCACGGUGAAGCGAGCCUUGGCGCGAGCAUUAUGCGAGGGUCUUGCUGUGGGUAUGAGUACAGGUGUCUUUGGUGGCGGAGGCCUGCGCGGACCUGAAGCAUUGUUGAUCGAAGAAGAUAGCGGACAGGUCAAUGCGGCUGAGAAAGCUCGCGAUGCGCAGCUCGAGGCCAUGCUCAAGACGCUCAAAAGGGAGAUUGGGCGAUCUGCAGGUGUACGUGAGGGCUUCUUAUCGGCUUUGCUGGCUCCGAAUGUGGAUGUCGAGGCACGCUGGGCGUUGUUGAAGCUUGCGGAGCUGCUGUUCCGACCUGCUGAGGAGAAGGAUUUGCCUCUGCAGCACAAGGUUCAGCUUCGUGUCAGGAUGCCGAGUGCCCAGUCGGCGAUCGACACCAUUGCUCAGGAGUCACCUUCGAAAUCCAAGAUCAAGCUUGUCAGGCCCAACGUGGCAGCCGAAGAGGAUACCGUUGCCAAACCUCGCGUUGCUUUCGAUACUCCCGAGAAGCCCAAGCAAACCGAUGCGGAGCGUAAGAAGAUCAAACCCAAGAAGAUCAAGCCACUCGCUCCUGGUCAGGCUUCGGGCAUGUCUUUUGCCGACUUGACAGCUUGCAGAAACACGCUCAAGAAGCUCAUGCAAAACAAGCAUGCUUCUAUCUUCCUCAAUCCUGUCGAUCCUGUGCGCGACCAGGCCACCGACUACUUUGACAUCAUCAAGGAGCCGAUGGACUUGGGCUCGAUUCUGAACAAGCUCGACAGCGGUCAGUACAAGGAUCGACACGAGCUGCGUGCUGAUUUCGAGCUCAUGAUCAGCAACGCAAAGACCUACACCCCUGAUCCUAAGGCUUGGGCUCACAAGCAAGCCGUUGGUCUGGAGAAGGUGUUUGGCCCUCUGUGGAACAGGAUGGAGAAGACGCUGGAACAGUCAGCAGCACGACAGAAGGCAGCUCACGAGGCGGCGCUUGCCAACGAGCACAUGGCAACUGUACAAGAGACUCCGGAUCGCUCUUCGCCUGUCAAGCCGGACGAGUCUCCAGCUGUAACUGCCGCGAACGAGUCAGUGCCGAAUGCUGGAGCAGUCAGGGAAGCAUCCACUCCAAGCUUUGCACCUGCCAAGCCUUCGCUCAAGGUCAGGGUCAAGACCAAGCCCGCAGUCGAAGAGUCGCCUUUCCCGAGCACUCCCACGCCUCAGCCUAGGACAAGUGCUGUGCCGGAAGAGUCUCCGGUUGCAGCUUCCACGCCGUUAUCUACGAAGCUGAAGCUGAAGAAGCCACUGGUCAAGCUCAAGAAGACGAACGAUGGCGAGGCUGCUGCGCCUGGAACUCCUUCUCCGGCGCCAACAACAGCUCCUCAGAGUGUUGAUGACGAUAUCUUGGAGGCGCUUGGAGAAAGCGUGCCCAAAGCGAGCAAGGCGAAGCCAGCCAAAGCUUCAGCCAUGUCGCCACCACCAGCCGUCGUCGCAGCUUCAACACCUGCCCGUGCUUCGCCAGCAGCCGCAGCAUCGCCCAGCGUCAAGAAGAGCAAGUCGAGAAGCUCCGGUACUCCUACCCUGACAUCGAACGGCACUGCUCCGUCAUCCGGUGGAUUGCCGUCCAAGGACAUCGCCAAGUGGGCCGAAAGGGACCCUGUUGGCGCUACAGCCAACAUGCCUAUCAACGGAAAGAAAUGCAAGGUCAUCCUGCAAGUCAUCAAGAAGUCGCCCUUCUCGAUCUUCUUCCGCUUCCCAGUGGAUCCUAUCCGCGAUGGUCUGCCGACGUACCUAGACGAGAUCAAGGAGCCGAUGGACUUGAGUACGACGGAAAAGAAGGUCAAUCAAGCGGCCUACUCGACCAUGGGCGAAUUUGCUUCUGAUAUUGAACUCAUAUUUGCCAACUGUCGGCAAUUCAACCCUCCUGGAACCGAACCUUGUCAGCACGCAGACGAGUUGGAGAAGCUUUGGCGCAAGGAAUGGGCUCGUCUUGUUACACCCAAGCUCGAGGCGAACGAGAAACGUGCCCUUGUUGGGUUGGUGAACAGACUGAAAACCCAUCAGUCUUCACUGCUGUUCCGCGAACCAGUCGAUCCGGUCGCGCUUGGCAUCCCGACGUACUUCGAUAUCAUCCCUAAGAAUGACGCAAGGGAUCUUAGCUUGAUCGAAUCAAAACUCAAAGCGGAUAAGUACGAUAGCUUUGCAGCUUUCGAUGCAGAUAUCAAAUUGAUGCUGAAGAAUUGCUACACCUUCAACGCGCCGGACGAAGGAGUGUUGCAGAUCGCAAAAGGCUUUGAAACAGUGUACAAGAAGGAGAUGAACCAUGCGAAGCAGCAGGCUGGUGUUAGUAGUACUAAUGGCAGUGGUGGCGGUGGGGGAGGCGCAGGAACGUCAAGUGGGGGCAAGCGGAAGUUGUCAGUUGCUCCAGCGAACGGCGGAGGCGGAGGAGGAGGAGGGUCGAGUAAGAAGGCUAAGAGUGGUUGA